CUUCUGAUUUCUUAUCCAUCCACCUCCUUCUUAUAUUUCCCAGGGAACCAAACCUGUGGCUUCCAUCUCUCAAAAGCUCAACCACUUGCCAUGGCAGCAGCAGCGUCAAUGUGUAUGAGCUUCAACCUGGCAACAGCAUUCAAGGGUCUCUCUUUUUCUUCUUCUUCCUCAUCGUUCUUCGCUGGAAGUGGUAGUUAUUCUCUCCGCGCGGGUCCCACCUCGGUGGUGUCGCUGCCCCGGCGCUGCCCGCUGACCAUAGAGAACGCCCACAAGAAGGGGGCGGGCAGCACCAAGAACGGCCGCGACUCGCAGGGCAAGCGUCUCGGAGUCAAGAUAUACGGCGACCAGGUCGCCAAGCCCGGCUCCAUCAUCGUCCGCCAGCGCGGAACCAAGUUUCAUGCAGGAAAGAAUGUGGGGCUUGGCAAAGAUUAUACCAUUUUCUCCUUGAUUGAUGGAGUUGUAAAAUUUGAGAAAUAUGGACCUGACAGGAAAAAGGUGAGUGUUUACCCUCAAGAAGUACAGCCUGAGAACCCCAACAGCUAUAGAGCAAGGAAGAGAGAGUACUUCCGAGUGAGGCGUGAACGCAAAAAAGCUAGACAAGAAGGAGCAAUACUUAAAUCUCAACUGGUGCUGGCUUCUGCAGAUGAUGCAGCAAUCACUAAUCCAGUGUGUUGAUUCUGAUUCAAUCGUCUAAAUGUGUAAAAUACCCUGGUCCCCAUUUUUUACUCUUGUUUAUCCGUAAAACCUUUAGCAUUGUAUUGAGUUUUGUUGAAGUAGCAAUGCACAAUCAGUCAUCAUGCGCCAUCUGAAUCAAAACAUUGCUUGAUGAAUUCUACAGUAUGAGAAUUUGUUUUGUAGUAUUUGGAAUAACAUCUAUUGAAUUUUUGGUCGAGAUCAUUC